AUGAUGGUAUGGCAAAUUCUGGACAUGGAUAGCCUCGCACAGCUACCCCAAGCCAUGAUACCCGACCUCGACAUCACACGCCUCGACCUGACGACCGUUGACUAUAUGCGGAAAACAUCACCAGUAAUGCGGGAGCAGGUUUACAUGGAUAAAGCCAACUGCUUCGGCAACAAACUCGACAGGGGAAUCCAAGACCUAUGUGAAAUUGUUUUGGAACUUGGCAUCGUGGCCGAUGCUUUCAACAGACUGAACACCUUCCUUACCGCAGAUAUGCUGGAAGUAUUGACGCCAAUGCAAGCUGCCAGAAUCCGACAUCUGAUGGGCGUCAUGAAGUUCGAACGGUUGAUCGACCUCUCACAACAGUUAGAUAAGAGGAAACAGAACGCCUUACAAGAACUUGUUCUUGUCCGCGACCAUUAUGUGGGCCUUUGCAACACAUUGUACGAGGAAGACGACGUGUGCAUUGGAGACUUUAGGAGUCGAUGGUCCUAUGACUGCUUGUGA